AUGCUGAGAAGAAGUAUUGCUAGUCGCGACUACCCUAAGCUCGAGUUUGAGGUGUGGGUAUGCACCGAUAGACUUUGCUUUCUCUGCGCAAUUGGUGGAUGGAAAAUCGUGAGAAUACCGACGUGCCGUGCCGAGAAUAAACAAAGCGAAAUAAUUAUAAAACAUGAUCCAUUAUAUGAAACAUUAUUCAAAUGUUUAAACAAAAGACAACAAAUCGGACUGACGCUUCAGUUUAUAUCGGCAUUGCUAUACAUAGAUAUGAAGGAAGGACCGUCAAGGCGAAAAUCUUUAUACAAAUAUGCACAGAACAUGAUAAGGAUUAGUGGUUGUCUUUCUGCUCUGCGCAUUCAAUUUGUGUCUAUGAUGCAAAAAGACAUGUGGAUUGCAAUGUGCCGUUGUCUCGCUGAUGUCUGUCGUGGUUGCGCCUUGAACCAGACCUUUUGUUCGGAUCUUAUCCCUAUGUGCAUAUCGUUUUGUCGCCGUGAUACAUUCGUGAUAGUCUUCUUACAAAGCUUGCUAGAGGGACAUGAAAAAAACAAUCGAUUGUUUCAUCUAAACGAUGGGAUGUCGAUAUUUACAAGGGAAUCGAUUUACAAUACGCAAUUUUUGCAAUUAUUGAACAUAGUAACUGAAAACGUAACCGAAGAGUUUGUUACAAUAUUAAAAAAUAAUGUGUUCUCGGAAUUGUACCAACUACGUUUGAAAACACACUCCGAGAUAUCACAAUGGGCGUCCAUAAUAUUAUAUUCAUAUGAAAAAGGUAAAUACAAGUAUAAACUUAAAUGGGAGAAUGAAUCAACACGGAAUGAAACAAAGAAUAACUGUACAUAUAUUCAUUAUUUAAAGGAUGGAGAUGAAAGCGAUAACACAGAUGAACUGUUAAAAAAUGUGUUCAGAGAAGUUGCAAAUUAUAAUUAUUAUGAGAGACGAAAUAAAAAUAUACGAAAUUCCAAAACUAAAAAAGGCCCUCAAGCAUUUUUCUCAAACGAUGAUAGAAUAAUGAAUCCGAAAACCAGAACUAUAGAUCUUUCAUUUUCUUCCCUUGUAAAGUCACCUGUGCUCGAAAAUUCAUUUUUUCCUUAUAACAACCACGAUAGUCUAAUGAAUAAUUCGUCACCUACAAACACCGACAAUACAUAUGAACACACUGAACCAAGAUUUCAUAACAGUGGUAAUAAUUUUUAUCCCAUAUCCACUUCCACGCCCAAAAAAGAUCGAAAAACAAUAACAAAAUAUGAAAAUAGAAAAAUUACUAAGCGUCCUAAAAAAUAUAUAAUUCCAAAGAAAAUCGAUCGUUCGCUUAGCACAAAAUUUCUCGACGUUGUCAAUAGUUCCUGUACAACAAUUAUAAAAAGCAUAAAAAGCGUGUUCACGCGAAACACCUCUGCGAAAGAAAUCGCUAAUGAAAAAUGCGGGAGUUUCACGGAAUAUAUGAGAAAUAGGGACCAAUAUUUGAGCGAUAUAAAUAAAAGUUCGCCAGAUGUAAAAUCUUGUAUAACGUGCAAUGAUACACUACUACUCCAAGAAAAAUUGCUAUCUGAUGAUUGCUUGAAAGUAACCGUGAAGAAACUCAAACAUGGCAUUAAUAUGUUCGGCUGUGAUUUUAAGAAAAUAUCAAAAACAUUUUGGCCACACGAACAAUGCAUGACGCCGGCUGUACUUUAUAAUUUAUACCGGAAGCUAAUAGUUAAAUAA